AUGGAAGUCACCGAUGAAUGGCUGGAAGCAGAGGAGGAGCAAGCUGCAUUUCUUCGGGACAUCGACCUCGCUUGGGGGACAGACCUGGGAUCGCAGGACCAUGAUACAUCAGAGCCAGCGGAUGCAAAUUCAACCAGUAUGCGAAACGAUGUAUUGAAAAUUUUCACCGUUGAUCAUUGCAAGGUGAUUGAUAAAAUUUUUAGACAAGAAGAAACAUCGUCAGGGAUCCCCUCGUUGCCAGUGCCGGAAACAGAACCGGAAUGGACUGCUGAAGUCUCUCCGGCCGAGCGUCGUCGUCUCAAGAAGAGGCUACACAUGCGUCACAAACGUGCGGAGAUAGCUGGUACUGAUAUCGUAACGGAUACUCAGAGACUACAGUGUGGUCGAAAGAGAAAGGCUGUUGGCUCACCACCUUACACCCCCAGUCAAGUGAACUCUGACAGUGAAGAAGGGUCGGAAUUUGAAGACCGGCACAAGAAAAGGCAGCGGAAACGUGGUUUGACGAGGGAACAGAAAGUACUCGAAACCUUCAUUGACUUGGAAAUUGACGCAGCCGUCCGUCAUAAUCAAGGACUUGACUUAUUCCAUUUACACCCUCUAGGACGACUUCUCACAAAAGAUCGAAUAGAUAAGACUGCGGCUAGUGGCGUUCAAUAUGCUUCUGCUCAAAGUGUCGCAUACAAAGCUCUGGGAAUCACUGGAGACGUUUUUAUACAUCCUUCGUCUGUCUUGUUCAAGUACACUCCUCCAGAAUACCUCAUUUUCAAUGAGGUGAUGCGAACGAGUCAGGUUUGGCUCAAAGGGCUGACCGUCAUCAAUCCCGCGUGGUUAUCCUCUCAAAAAAAUAGUGCCGGGAUUCUAACGGUGGUACCUCAUUUUGGUCCAGAUGGUUGGGAGUUACCGCCCAUCAAGGCAGAACACCCUUAA